AUGAACCAAGACAAUGUGAAAGCAGCGAAAGAGGCGGUGGAGAGCAUAGCGAAAGGGGGAAAUUGGCAAAGGGCUGGAGUGGGUGGAAAAGCAGGUUGGCGAGGGGGAAGGGGGGCUGGAGUGGGUGGAAAGCAUUUUGGAGAGGGGGAAGGGGGGCUGGAGUGGGUGGAAAGCAUGCAGGAGAGGGGGAAGGGGGGCUGGAGUGGGUGGAAAAGCAUGCAGGAGAGGGGGAAGGGGGGCUGGAGUGGGUGGAAAGCAUGCAGGAGAGGGGGAAGGGGGGCUGGAGUGGGUGGAAAGCAUGCAGGAGAGGGGGAAGGGGGGCUGGAGUGGGUGGAAAGCAUGCAGGAGAGGGGGAAGUGGGGCUGGAGUGGGUGGAGAGCAUGCAGGAGAGGGGGAAUGGGGCCUGGAGUGGGUGGAAAGCAUGCAAGAGAGGGGGAAUGGGGGCUAAGGUGGGUGGAAAGCAUGCAGGAGAGGGGGAAGGGGGGCUGGAGUGGGUGGAAAGCAUGCAGGAGAGGGGGAAGUGGGGCUGGAGUGGGUGGAAAGCAUGCAGGAGAGGGGGAGGGGGGGCUGGAGUGGGUGGAAAGCCAUGCAGGAGAGGGGGAAGUGGGGCUGGAGUGGGUGGAGAGCAUGCAGGAGAGGGGGAACGGGGGCUGGAGUGGGUGGAAAGCAUGCAAGAGAGGGGGAAUGGGGGCUAAGGUGGGUGGAAAGCAUGCAGGAGAGGGGGAAGGGGGGCUGGAGUGGGUGGAAAGCAUGCAGGAGAGGGGGAAGUGGGGCUGGAGUGGGUGGAAAGCAUGCAGGAGAGGGGGAGGGGGGGCUGGAGUGGGUGGAAAGCAUGCAGGAGAGGGGGAAGUGGGGCUGGAGUGGUUGGAAAGCAUGCAGGAGAGGGGGAAUGGGGGCUGGAGUGGGUGGAAAGCAUGCAGGAGAGGGGGAAGGGGGGCUAAAGUGGGUGGAAAACAUGCAGGAGAGGGGGAAGGGGGGCUGGAGUGGGUGGAAAGCAUGCAGGAGAGGGGGAAGAGAGGGGGAAGGGGGGCUAAAGUGGGUGGAAAGCAUGCAGGAGAGGGGGAAGGGGGGCUGGAGUGGGUGGAAAGCAUGCAGGAGAGGGCGGCUGGAGUGAGUGGAAAGCAUGCAGGAGAGGGGGAAGGGGGGCUGGAGUGGGUGGAAAGCAUGCAGGAGAGGGGGAAGUGGGGCUGGAGUGGGUGGAGAGCAUGCAGGAGAGGGGGAAGGGGGGCUGGAGUGGGUGGAAAGCAUGCAGGAGAGGGGGAAGGGGGGCUGGAGUGGGUGGAAAGCAUGCAGGAGAGGGGGAAGGGGGGCUGGAGUGGGUGGAAAGCAUGCAGGAGAGGGGGAAGUGGGGCUGGAGUGGGUGGAAAGCAUGCAGGAGAGGGGGAAGGGGGGCUGGAGUGGGUGGAAAGCAUUUUGAAGAGGGGGAAGGGGGGCUGGAGUGGGUGGAAAGCAUGCAGGAGAGGGGGAAAGGGGGCUGGAGUGGGUGGAAAGCAUUUUGGAGAGGGGGAAGGGGGACUGGAGUGGGUGGAAAGCAUUUUGGAGAGGGGGAAGGGGGGCUGGAGUGGGUGGAAAGCAUGCAGGAGAGGGGGAAGGGGGGCUGGAGUGGGUGGAAAAGCAUGCAGGAGAGGGGGAAGGGGGGCUGGAGUGGGUGGAAAGCAUGCAGGAGAGGGGGAAGGGGGGCUGGAGUGGGUGGAAAGCAUGCAGGAGAGGGGGAAGUGCGGCUGGAGUGAGUGGAAAGCAUGCAGGAGAGGGGGAAGGGGGGCUGGAGUGGGUGGAAAGCAUGCAGGAGAGGGGGAAGGGGGGCUGGAGUGA